UUCAGUUAAAUAGCAUAUUUUUUUUUUCUGUUUUUUUUCUCUUACUUGUUUAUGAAUAAAACCUUUCUUAACAAUUUGGAUCAGCAACGACCAAGAUCGAAUAGUGUUAUUAAACCAAUGUCGAGUCAACAGCAAAAUAAUUCUCAACAAUUAAAACAAAAUUUUAAGCGCUCUAUGAGUGUCUCCGAGGGUCUACAUGUCAGAUUACCUACACUUCACCAUUCAGAAACUGAUUCAUUACCUUCUUCUCCUUUAACACAUCAAUAUACAAAUAAUAUUUAUCCAUCAGAAUCUAAUUGGGCAAAUAAAUAUGAAGAUUUCGAUAUUGGAAAACCAAUUGGUUAUGGAUCAUCAGCAGUUGUAUAUGAAGCAAUAUAUAAGCCAUUAAAAAAAAGAGUAGCCGUUAAAAUGAUAGAUUUAGAUAUGUUUGAACGUAAUCAAAUUGACGAACUUAGGAGAGAAACAGCUUUAAUGGCUUUAUCUAAACAUCCAAAUGUAUUAAGAGUAUAUGGAUCAUUUGUGAAUGGGUCUAAACUCUAUAUUGUCACACCUUAUUUAUCCGCAGGAUCUUGUUUAGAUAUCAUGAAAACUUCUUUUCCCGAUGGUUUUGAUGAAAUUUCAAUAGCUACUAUUUUACGUCAAGCCUUAGAAGGUCUUGUCUAUCUUCAUAAAAAUGGUCAUAUUCAUCGUGACGUAAAAGCGGGAAAUUUAUUAAUGGAUCAGUACGGUACUGUUCUUUUGGCUGAUUUUGGUGUCUCUAGUUCAUUAAAUGAAAAUGGUGCUGUCAGAAAGACAUUUGUUGGUACACCUUGUUGGAUGGCCCCGGAAGUUAUGGAACAAGCUGGUUAUGAUUUUAAAGCGGAUAUUUGGAGUUUUGGUAUUACUGCACUUGAAUUAGCUACUGGUCAUGCUCCUUUUGCUAAAUAUCCUCCUAUGAAAGUCUUGAUGAUGACUCUUCAAUGUGCGCCUCCUACACUAGACAGAGAAAAUUGUAAACAUAAAUUCUCAAGAGUAUUCAAGGAAAUGAUUGAUACUUGCCUUCAAAAAGAACCUACUAAACGACCUUCAGCAGAGAAACUUUUAUUGCAUCCAUUCUUUAAACAGGCUAAAAAGAAAGAUUAUCUUAUUAAAUCUAUAUUGGCCAACGUAAUACCUUUAGAUCAAAGACCAAACAAAAAAAUACCAAAGAAAUAUGUGGAAGUAUCAGAUAGUGAUGAACAAUGGGAUUUUGAUCCUCCUGCUGAUGAUGAGUCUCAAAAGCCUAAAAAGCCGCCUAUCUCUGCACUCAAUACUGCACCUUCCGUUACGAUACCUGAAAAAAGUGAGACGCCUGUAGUUCCCUCUUUGGAACGUACCAAAUCGGUCGUUCAAUUUGAGGAAUGUCCGAAACCUGUACUAGUAGAUCGAACAAAAUCAGUUCACUCACCCUCUAGUGAGCACAUGGCAGAUCAACCAUUGUCUAAAAAACAUAUUUCAUUUGGUGAUGCUGUGAUUCGAGAUCCAACUAUCAAUCGUACAAUAAUGUCUCCUGUUGUAGAAACUCCCUCUACAAUAACUACUGAUCCUUCAAUUACCUCAGUACAAGUUACUCCCGUAUCAACUCCUACUCAUUCUCAUCAAUCACCCAAUUUGCCAAAUCAUCCCGCAUCAGCAGCAGCAGCAGCAGCAACAACAACAACAACAACAACAUCUAAAAAAUCUCGAUUUGUUAUCGAGGAUAAUACACCUGUCUCUCAUAUGUCACCCCAAUCUGAAUUAUCUAUAUCUCCUCCUAAUUCAUCUCCUACAGAGCCAAUGAGUGUAGGUUUAGGCAUCUCAUCUACUAUUCCUUCAACAACUACCAAUAUCAAUAGCAAUAAUAAUACACUUCAAGAAGGUGAAUUUAAAAAAGGACGUUUUAGUGUUAAUCAAACACCAACUCGUUCUUUGACACCUGCCAUUGACGACUUAACAUACCCUGCCACACCAUCAGAAAAAAUCCAUCAUGUCCAUCAUCCCUCUCUUGAUCUCAAGACAAUUCCUAUGAUGCGUAAUGCGAGUCAAGAUAGUUUUCAAGAACGUAAAUCACGUUUUGAAGUCAAACAUACAGCUACACCUAUCGAACCAACGCCCUUACAAAGUUUUCCUUUAACGCGUGAGAGUUCAAAUGCAUCUGCACUUUCAAGAGACAGUUCAGUGAAUAAUAAGAUUAGUCGAUUCUCUAUUGAAGGUCCCAAUAGUGAUUCAUCCACUACAAUGAAUGGAGCAGUAGUACCACCCGAAUGUCGUAAAAAAGGACGUUUUGAAUUAACAGGAGGAUCUAAUAAUAAUAAUAAUAAUAAUACAUCAUCAGCAGCAGCAGAGAAUACAAAGAAUGAAACACAAGGUCAUGCAGAAUCUCCUCAGUCAACAGUUGGGCCAUCACCUGUUGUAUCGCCUUGUAAUUCAGUUUCAAGAGGUCAGGCACAGCGUGUGGUUGAUAAUUCACUUCCUCAAAUGAUUUAUACACAUAUGGAGUCUCUUUUAAAGCAAACAGAGGUACAGAAAACGAUGCUACAUGAAUUACUUUCCACUAUGCCUACUUGGAUCUAUCAGCAACAAUCAAGUAGUACUAAUAACAUAAAUAAUAGUAAUAAUACAACGAGUAAUGGUAAUCGAAGUCGUACAGUAUCAGAUAGUAAAAAACCAUCUUUUCUUCAUAAUGAAGAGCUUUACCAAAGGUAAAAUAUAUAUGUAUAUACAGAUAUGAAUUAUAUCACCCCUCUCCCCCUCUCUCUUUUUUUUUUAACUAUGUUAUAUGGUUAUUAACGAUACUAUGUUAUUGUUAUUAUUAUUAUCAUUAGAGCACAGGUUAAUACUGCAUCAUCAAACAAUAGUUUAGUGAUAGAUAUAAAUACAACUAUGGAACAUUUACAGCAAUUAUUAGUAAGCACGUUAAAACAAAAUGAUAAAUUGACUCGUGAUAAAGACAAAUUGAUUGCUGAAAAUGAUACACUAAAAAGAGAAGUGGAACGAUUACGAAAGAAUCAACAGGGUAUUUUAUUAAAAAAGCCUACUGUGAUAGAGCAACAACAACAACAACAACAACAGCAAGCUGAAAAGACAACACCUACAGUUGCGCCGGAAGCAACCUCAGCGAAUAUAAAUCAACAAGAAAAGGCUUUGUGAUAACAUAUACAUAAAUGUAUUAUUUUGUUUUGCU